CCAUGGUGCCUCUGAGAGACCCAAGCAAAGGAAUUGCCUGAUCAUCAGCUUCACGAAAACACACUCACGCACACAAACACGGAUCCGCGGUCCCAUAAAAGCCCGAGGUCUCUCCCAAACUCUCACAGUGAGGUGUUGCCCCCUGCCCGAGUCGCCGCACCAGUAGCGUCCACUUCGAUCCCGCACUUCAGCCGCCGACAGCGAGACCUCACCGGAGAUCCAGAAGCACGUGAAGGAUGUGCGCCUCAAGGUGGAUCAAGGUCACUUGGUUGCUUCACCUGUUCUGCUCAGCUACCUCAUCUCCUCUUUCCAUGCACACACCCGCUCCUCCACACCACUCCCAAAUAUUUCCUCCCUUUCUCACAACAAAGCCGACGCCGUCUGGGCCGCCCCCCUCGCUCGGCAUCCCCUCCGUCGGCGGAGACGCGGAGGACUCGGCGGAACGACCCCGCUGCCCUCUCACCCUGUCCCCCUCCAGCCUGGUGGUCAGGUUUGGAGAUCCAGUCAAAGUCAACUGCUCUUCGCCGAUGAAGGGCUUUUCUCUACUGGGUUGGGAGGUCUCACUGGUGGCCCCUAUGCCCACCAUGGAGAGCUUUCUGAUGUGGAGUGUGGAGAACAUGACAGAGUGGAGCAUUUCCCCCAUGUGCUAUGCGGUGUCCAACCUGGAAGGAUCCUGUCAUCUUAACCUCCCCGUCCUUGUUUACAAACCUCCAGACAGCGUAUCCCUCAGCUUCCUGAACCACACGGGCCCAUUGCUGGAGCGUCGUCGGUACACUUUGCGCUGCACCGUCCGCAACGUGGCCCCUGCUGGGAACCUCCUCGUCACCUUCUACAGAAGCCAAACCCAACUGGCGCGACGACAUUCGAACGUGACAGAGAAGACACCCGUGACUGAGGUCUUCACGCUGGACAUCACGGCCCGAAGAGAAGACGACGGCGCCAACUACUGGUGUGAGGCCGAAGUGCAGCUGCCCCGAACUGGAACGCAGACGCGAGUCGCGGUCGCAUCGGAAACGGUCGCUACCACCGUCCACUUUGGGCCACAACUGCUUUGUCCUGCAAAGCUGCAGGUCAAGAUGGGAGAAAGCCUGCAUUGCGAGGUCCGAGGAAACCCCGAACCAUCGGUCAUCUGGCUCAAAGAUGGCCGCCUUGUGAUCGCGCCCAUGCACUCAACCAGAGCGCACGCGGGAAAAUACACAGUGUUGGCCAAGGGUCUUUUCGGACAACGAAAUGUGACAGUGGAGGUUGAGGUUUUGACGAACAGAGGCACCACAAGAAUGUGUCAAAGGCACUUCCUGCUGGCCGCCCUGCUGGCGCUGAACUUGCUGUAAAUCUUUAAAAUAACCCAACGGGGUUUGUGAUUCAAGUCUCACUGCUGUUAGGACAAACGUCUCCUGCUGGUUGGGACAUUUGUCGGAGUUUUGAUUUCACGUUUGAAUUCAUGUUGGUCACUUUGUGUCGUCAUAGCUCAUAACAAUGAAUGCUUUCUUACGCUCGCAAGAGCUGCUGUCCAGGUACUUCUACAACCCGAGAAUGUUCAAUAGUUAAGAACUAAGACUUCAUUUCCUCACUUUUAAAGAAAUGUCAGAUUGUCAAUAAAUGUUUUGCUCCAUACUUUCAACUUUUUA